CCACCCUGCUGUAAAUUAGGUGUCAUGAUUUUCUUUUUCUGCCUUUUUGCUCUGCUUUCUUCACGGACACCAGCAACAUGGCCUCAGCACAUGACAGAGCUGUACUUCAAGCUAUAUUCAACCCCACCACCCCCUUUGGAGACAUCCCUGGCCUGAACCAAGAGGAGGAAUUAAUUGAUGAUGACAGUGGCUUUGACACAGAGUUGCUGAAGCAAGUGAAAGAGUUGGAGAUGCAGGGUGUCACGGCAGCAGAGGCUGGGGAUUUGCAAGCUGCACUUCAACUGUUCAGCCAGGCAAUCCAGAUCUUGCCUCGGAGAGCCUCAGCCUAUAACAACCGGGCUCAGGCCCUGCGGCUGCAGGGGAACACAGCAGGAGCGCUGGAGGACUUGGACCGAGCCAUUUCUCUGAGCGGCUGCAGUGGACGCACUGCCUGCCAGGCGCUGGUGCAGAGAGGCCUUUUACGUAGAUUAAGGUGCCAGAAUGACGAAGCCAGAGCCGAUUUUGAGAGAGCAGCCACUCUUGGAAGUGAGUUUGCUCGACAGCAGGCUGUGGUUCUUAAUCCUUAUGCAGCGCUGUGCAACAAAAUGCUGUCAGAGGUCAUCAACAAACUCCGAAACCCUGAAGUGUCAGAGAUGCAGUCAUAAAUGAAGAGCUUGUUCUUGUAACCCUAUUUUUUUGUGGGAGGUCUGUGGUCAAUAAAACAUUUUUUUAACUUA